AUGAUGGCGUUCGGGGACGACCCGGACGACGGCAUGUCGGAGCGGCUGCUGGGGGAAACCGAGGCGUCCGCCAGCUCCGCGUCCACCGCGCCCCUCACGGACGACUUCGAGCUCAUCUCGGAGCGGGAGACGCUCGUGUUCGAGGACGAUUUCUUCCGCCAGCAGCAGCGCCUCGGCAAGCGCGGAGGCUUCUUCCAGACGUAUCUGAUGGAGAAGAUCCAGCCCGGAUCAGGUAACCGCACGCACAGCUUCAUGCUGCCUUAUGUAUGCACUGCUAAUUGCUCACUCACUACCGGCUAUUGCUGUGAUGCAGUGAAAGGAUCCAUGUUCACGAUGACCGUCGCCAUCGUUGGCGCCGGCGUCUUGGCGCUGCCCUACGCCGUGCAGCAGGCGGGACUGGUGCUGGGCAUCUCGUUGAUUGCGCUGGGGGCAGUCGCUACCAACUUUACGUUGCGGCUGCUGCUGGAGUGCUCGGACCUGGGGCAGGCGCGAUCCUAUAUGGACUUGGCUUCGGCCACUGGAGGACGCAAACUCGCGGGCUUCACGCAGCUGGUGGUGUGCAUGAACCUGUUCGGGACGAGCAUCGGCUACCUCGUGGGAAGUGCUGAGCUUAUUCAGUUGGCGUUGCGGACGUUCUUGGGGAGCUCGAGUCAGAGCAUCUUUCUGGAUCGGCAGGCACUGAUUUUGAUGCUGACGGGGCUGUUGGUGCUGCCGCUGUCACUACUGAGGAGCUUGGAGUCGCUGAGGUUUUCCUCGCUGUUUUCGAUUGUGUGCAUUGUGUUCAUGGCGCUGGUGAUUGUGAUCAAAUACUUCCAGUUCGUGCACGAAGGGCUGGCUCCGACAAUUGCGUACCAGUUCAAGCACUUGCCGCUGUUCGACCUCCGCCUCAGCCACUUGCUGCGAGCGGUGCCGCUCGUGGUCUUCUCGUAUACUUGCCACCCCAAUGUGCUCCCCAUCUACUUGGUGCUCAAGCGCCGAUCCAGCAGAAGGAUGUACAAGGUCAUGAAUCGGAGCAUCGGCAUCGCGACGACCGUGUACUCGCUGUGCGGCUUCUUCGUGGUGGUUACGUUCGGUGAAGCCACCAGGUCCAAUUUCCUCAAGAACGACUACCACGGCGACGGCGCGGUGAUCGCCGGGUGUCUGGGCUUCAGCAUCGCUCUCAUCCUCACCGUGCCGCUGUUCGUCCACACGCUCCGAGACAACAUCCGCGAGGCGCUAUUGGCGAACCGAAGGCUGGACUUGGUGCGCCACGCAGGGCUGUCGAUGUCGCUGGUUCUCGCCGCGCUUCUAGUGGCGCUAGGCUCCGGCGACAUCGCUUCCGUUCUGGGAGUGCUUGGUGCCACGACGAACCCGACGAUCUGCUUCAUGCUGCCGGCGUUCUUCAUCUUCCGUCUCGGCGGCAAGAACCACCGCGCCAGCCAAGCCAUCGCGCUGUUGAUGGCUGUCGUCAUGACCGUCGUGAGUGCGCUCAGCCUUCUGCAGCAGAUGCACCUCAUCGCCUAUUAG